AAGAUAUAUAAAAUACAAGAGUGUUUGUUUCCUUUUUCUUUGUAUAUUAUUAGAGGAAAUUAGUGAUGGGUGUCUCAAGCAUGAAAUGCUUAAUAUUUGUGAUGGUUUUGUUUGUAUUGAGCGAAAUGCAAACGAUUGCAGGAGCAAAACCUCAGAGUGUGAGUUGCAACUUUUGGAGGAGCCCAUGCUUUGCUAAGAAAAUACAAUGCCCUUCUGAGUGCCCUCUUACAACAUUAUCUGACCCAAAUCAUAGUAAUGCUAAAGUCUGCUAUCUUGACUGUGUUUCUCCAGUAUGCAAAGCUGAAUGCAAAUAUCCCAAAGCAAACUGCCACGGUCGUGGAUCAGCAUGCUUAGACCCACGCUUUGUUGGAGCAGAUGGAAUAGUUUUCUACUUCCAUGGAAGAUCCAAUGAACAUUUCACCUUAGUAUCUGAUCCAAAUCUCCAAAUCAAUGCACGUUUCAUUGGCCUAAGACCUGAAGGUAGACCAAGGGAUUAUACAUGGAUUCAAGCACUUGGAAUCCUCUUUGAAUCUCACAGGUUUAUUGUUGAAGCCACCAAAGCAACAACAUGGAAUGACGAAAUCGACCAUUUGAAAUUCUCUUAUAAUGGAGAAGAACUUCAAAUUCCACAAGGUUACCACUCUACAUGGGAGAUAGCACAGAAGAAAAUUAGUGUGGAGAGAACAUCAAGCAAGAACAGUGUUGUUGUUAAUAUUCAAGGUGUUGUUGAAAUAUAUGUGAAUGUUGUGCCUGUUACUAAGGAAGAUAGUAAAAUCCAUAACUAUCAAAUUCCUGAUAAUGAUUGUUUUGCUCACUUGGAGGUUCAGUUUAAAUUCUAUGAUCUGUCUUCAAAAGUCGAAGGUGUUCUUGGAAGGACAUACCAGCCAAAUUUUGAGAAUCCGGCAAAGUUAGGUGUGGCAAUGCCAGUGGUUGGAGGGGAACAUAAAUAUAGAACUACGUCACUUCUUUCUGCUGAUUGUGGUGCUUGUUUAUUUGCUGGUGGUGGUGAAGAUUUUGAAAAGAAGAAUUCAGUGAUUGAAUAUGGUAUGAUGGAUUGUAGAGGUGGUGCCAACAGUGGAAAUGGUAUAGUUUGCAAAAGAUAAAUGUUUAUGUUAUUGAUGUUGUAUAACUUGUAUGCAUGUAAUGUACUAAGAUAAUUGUUUUCUGUAUUGUUGUGUUUAAAAAAACAAGUAUUGUACCCGUGGAUUUACUAUUGAAUAAAAAGUGCAAUCUUUUAUUUGUUUAA